AUGGGCAACUCCAAUGGCAAGCCCCUCGUCCUCACCGACGAGGUGAACCUCAAUCAUUUUCGCUUGCUGCGCGUGGUCGGGAAAGGAGCGUUUGGAAAAGUCAGGAUUGUGGAGCGGAAGGAUACCGGUUUGACGUUCGCCCUCAAGUACAUACGGAAGGAUGAGGUGGUACGGUCAGAAAGUGUGCGGAACAUCAUACGCGAGCGCAGGAUGCUCGAGCACCUGAACCACCCGUUCUUGGUGAACUUGCGCUACAGUUUCCAAGAUAUGGAGUAUUUAUAUCUUGUUGUGGAUCUGAUGAAUGGCGGCGACCUCAGAUUUCACAUUUCCAGAAAGACUUUCACAGAAGAAGCUGUGCGUUUCUGGAUAGCAGAGCUCGGAUGUGCUCUACGAUACGUUCACAAGCAGGGCAUAGUGCAUCGAGAUGUGAAGCCGGAUAACGUAUUGCUGGAUUCCGAAGGCCAUGUCCAUCUUGCAGACUUCAACGUCGCCUCGGACUUUACUCCUGGGAAGCCAUUGACGAGCAAGUCCGGCACUUUGGCUUAUCUGGCUCCUGAGGUCUACGUUGGCAAAGGCUACUACUCGGAAGUGGACUGGUGGUCAUUGGGAGUCCUCUUCUACGAAUGCAUAUACAACAAACGACCGUUCGAGGCGAACCAUCACGAUGCCUUAGCGCAAGCCAUUGUGAAGGCGGAUCCGCCAUUCCCGGUCACCUCGCCACCUGUGUCAAUGCCAUGUCUUCACGCCAUCAGCUCGCUAUUGGAAAAGAAUAAAAGCUUGAGGAUAGGUGCUGCAUCAUGGGAGACCUUUACUGACAACCCCUUCUUCCGCGAGAUCGAUUUCGAAGCUUUGGAGAGAAAAGAAUAUGAACCAGUGUUCUGCCCAUCCAGCGAAAAGACCAACUUCGAUGCCACCUACGAUCUGGAAGAGCUGCUGUUGGAGGAAGCGCCGCUAGAAGCUCGCGCUAGAAAGCAGAAGCCGAGAGCCGAGUUGAGGGAAGAUGCAACGCAACAAGAAAUCCGAGCUGAUGAGCUGCAUCGCAUGAUCGAGACCAUGUUCGAGCCCUUCAACUAUACGACGGUCCCACAAGAUCGAAGCCCUAUCCUGUCGACGUCGACUGCGGAGCCGACUACAAGCUCAUCCAGUGCGUCACGAAAUCGUUCUGCCACACGUUCACCUGAUGGCUCACCACCUCUGCCAGCAGCUGCUCUCGAGAUGGGCGCCACGGUCACCGGACCGGUAUCGACCGAGUACUUUCCGCCGCGCACAUCAGACCCAUCGACCAAGCUGCCGUCGACGUCAGAGCCUAUGAACGGGCCGACGAGGGUGAUCAGAUAUGAGGACACAAUAGCUCAAGUCACGCCGAAGACAUCGAGGCCGCGAGGAGCUAUGAGAAGCACCUCACAGGGAGGAGGUGUGCAGGUUGUGCUCAACGAGCAGGGAAGCUGGAGUGACAUGGCCAACCAGAGUCAAGGUAUGGUAGGACAAAACGAUCAAGGACGCAACGAACGACCAUCUGGCAUGCUAGGAUUUUUGCGAAAGUCCAAAGGUCGUGACCGGAGCCCGAAGGCCAAAGAAAAGGAGCGAGGAGUCCUCGGCAAAGAAGGUGCUCGCGUUAUCAUCUCCCAUGGCUAGAAGGGUCGGCGUGCAUUGAUCGAGUUCACUUUGGAUGUGGGCAUAAUAUGUUGUGUUGUCCAGCUAUCCAUAUUGAUUGAACUGCAGAGAUGGCUCACUGGUAGCUCGCACAUAUGGGAUGCGCGGUGAUUUGGAUUUUGAAAGUUUGGGAGCAUGGCGUGGCGCAGGAAGGAAGCAACAAACACGACUCUUCGUGUUCUUUUUUGUUUGAGAUCUCAUGGUUGAUGAUAGACUGUAUAGUAGUAGUAGUAGUUGUGUGAAAGGGACCGAGCAUGGACGCCAAGGCCAAGCUCUACGGCGGAUGGAAGAACAUAAUGGAUGGAUGGAUGCAAUAUUGGGCCGUCUGAGACUCUUGUAGAUCGCAAUGCGUCAAUGCGUAUGCUGUCUUGCUUGUCUCG